AUGUCUUCUGAUACAAACCUCAAAGACCCUACCGUCCUUCACAGGGUCGCACGGGUAGUACAUGCAUGGAAGCGAGAGUCAAACAUGCUCCAAAUGGUCACUUCAUUCAUCUCAAAGCCCCCAUCGAUUCAAACGGCAGACGCUCGUCAGCAUACCGUAUGGUUGUUUGAUAACACUGCCUAUCAGGUACCGGCGCCCACAGCAUCAAGACAGGCAUCAUGGCACGCAGAAGUCGUGGCCUGCGCUUUCCGCAAGAAUAGCCGAAGGGACAUCACCAAGCUCGUCGCCAUGAUUGCAGACCUCAUUGGACUGGACGGAGAGAUAGGAACGGACAAGGAGACACGCCAUCGAAUAACAGAACGACUACAGCCAUUCCUGUUCCAUACUGCCUCUGCACACUUGAUGACACUCGAAACUCCCUUGCCGAACAGCACCAUCCAGAUGCAGAAGAUCGGGCCCACCGAUGAGAGUGGCAUCAGUAGUCAGACAAUUAGCGCAAACAGCAAGCACAUCACAGAUGGCACUAAAAUCCGAUCAUAUCUUCGAGGUUGGGGAAACCAGGUUUUCAUGGACACCAUCUUUGCUGGUCCAGAAGGUUGGCUUGUCAUCUCCGACAUCGACGAUACAAUCAAGUACACCAAGACUUCUGAGACCACUGGCAUCCUUCGCACCACGUUCGUCGAAGACCCCAAGCCUAUUGCCGGAAUGCCUCAGCUCUAUGCCCAUAUUCAGAACCAGCUUGUACCCGCAUGGUUCUAUGUCUCGGCUUCUCCUUAUAAUUUGUACCCUUUUUUGCACGGAUUCCUUGGUUCAUAUUUCAGUCCGGGUACGAUGAUUCUUCGAGACUCAUCCUGGUUGGAUAUCAGCGAGCUAGUAAAGUCCUUCACCGUUAACACACACGAGUACAAAGUGGACCGUGGGGAGAAAAUUCAUGGAUGGUUUCCCAAGCGCCAAGUGCUCUGUAUCGGAGACUCCACCCAGCAAGAUCCCGAGGCCUACGCAGAACUUUAUAAGAGGCAUCCGCACUGGAUCCAAGCAAUUUGGAUCAGGAAGGUCACAGACGUGCCUCACUUGGAUGAACAGAACGCCCCAGAGAGGUUCAAAACUGCGUUUGCGGGUAUUCCAGAACACGUGUGGAGGGUGUUCGAACAACCGGCGGAAGUGCAUCAUCUGGUGGCUGAACUUAAGUCAAGCAGUCGACAGGCACAGUCCCCAAAACAAGGCCUGGUCUACCCACAGAAACUUCCGCCACCGCCAAAAGACUUGGUGAUGAGCUCAAUAUCGCCUGAUCAGUCGAUCUAUUGA